AUGGAGUUGAAACCUUUACUGAAGAAGCUGGGCUCAAUAAUCCGUGCCAUCUUUACUUUCCUCUUUGCUCUGCUGGUGCUGGGUUUGAUGGUGUGGGCAUAUGUGGAUGGUUACCAGCUAGCGUCCUCCAUAUAUGGAAUCAUGUCUUUUGGUUUUUAUGGACUACUUCUUGGACUCCAUGUGAUGAUCCAGAGCUUGUUCGCCUUCAUUGAACACCGGCGGAUGAAAGCUCACACAGAUGCGUGCACCUUUUCCAAAACCAUCGGCUUCACUAUAUCGGCUUUCCAGGAGGACCCCGUCUAUCUCAGGGAGUGCCUCAAGUCCAUCAGGGCUCUAAUGUAUCCCCCUGAGCUGCUGCGCAUCAUCAUGGUGAUAGACGGGAACACAGAUGAUGACCGAUACAUGAUGGACAUGUUCAGAGAGGUGUUUGCUGACAAAGACCCUAGCUGUUAUGUGUGGAAGAACAACUACCAUACAUGGGACCCCACCCAGGCCCAGGAAGACGUGGAAAUAGGUCCGGGAGGCGAUGCUGAUUAUAGCAUAGGAGAGGAUCCACAGAGAAAAGAGGUAGAGCGCCUUAUCCAAAGCAACAGGUGCGUGUGCAUCAUGCAGAAGUGGGGCGGCAAGCGGGAGGUGAUGUACACAGCGUUUAAAGCACUCGGGUCAUCAGUGGACUAUAUACAGGUGUGUGACUCGGACACCAAGCUGGACCCUCUGGCCACCGUGGAGCUGUGUAAAGUGUUGGAGAGCAACCCGAAGUUAGGUGCUGUGGGAGGAGAUGUGAUGGUCCUUAAUAUGAAAGACUCUUACAUCAGCUUCAUGAGCAGUCUUAGGUACUGGAUGGCUUUCAACAUCGAGAGGGCCUGCCAGUCCUUUUUCAACUGUGUGUCCUGCAUAAGCGGUCCUUUGGGUCUGUACAGGAACGAUCUCCUCCAGCAGUUUCUGGAGUCCUGGUACAAUCAGAAGUUUUUGGGAAGUCACUGCACAUUUGGUGACGACAGACAUCUUACCAACCGUAUGCUGAGCAUGGGCUAUGGCACAAAAUACACGGCCCGCUCCAAAUGCUACACAGAGACACCUGCUCAGUUUCUGCGCUGGCUCAACCAGCAAACUCGCUGGACAAAAUCUUACUUCCGUGAGUGGCUGUACAAUGCAAUGUGGUGGCACAAGCACCACCUCUGGAUGACCUACGAGUCCAUCGUCUCAGGCAUUUUCCCCUUCUUUGUCACCGCCACCAUCAUCCAGCUGUUUUGGACAGGCACACUGUGGGACCUCCUCUGGAUCCUGUGCUGCAUCCAGCUGAUUGGGCUGGUGAAAGCGGCUUACGCCUGCAUCCUGCGCAGAAACAUGGUGAUGGUGUUUAUGUCCCUGUACUCGGUUAUGUACAUGACCAGCUUGCUGCCUGCUAAGUACUUUGCCAUUCUCACCAUGAACAAAAGCAGCUGGGGGACAUCAGGCAGGCGUAAGAUAGUAGGAAACUACAUGCCUCUCCUCCCUUUGUCAGUGUGGGCAACCAUUUUAUUAAGUGGGCUCAUUUACAGAAUCUACAAGGAGAGUCAACUGGACUGGUCAACUCAAGCCAAGAAAUUAGAGACCAGAUUUCUUAUCUUUGGCUGUGUGGUCUACGUGUGCUACUGGCUGGUUAUGACUGUCCUCUACUGGGCAUGGUUCCGCAAGUUAUGUAGGAAACGUGGAAAAGGUUACACAGUGAAUGUGUAGGUCCGAAGUGAAGAUCUAAGAGAAGGAGGAUAAUUUAUUUAAAUUCAACCACUGACCUUAUUUUAUUUAGUUGAUUUAAUUUAUUUUGUCUCAUAUUUUAGUAACUGAUGGACAGGAGCUUUAUAUGCAGCUACUAAACCAACAAACUUAAAACAAACAACAACAAAGAAGCAUUUUUUAAAAAGUAAUCACUUAUAUAUGAGCACAAAUGUUUUAUUUAUAUGAAGAUAUUGUUGCACAUUUAAAUGAAACUUUACUGAGGGAUUUUGGGCGCCUGCAUUCUCAGGUUUCUCUUUGUCAGAUUAUAAUGGCAGAGAUGAGAUGAUUUAUUUGAGAUAUCCAAAUAUUGGAAAAAAAUUGCAAUUGGGUUAACUUUUUCUGUAUUUGAGGGUGUGAGUAAUGGAGCUUGAGUUAUAUGUAUGUAGACUACUUUAACGACACAAAGAACUCCACGAAUUCUUGACAGUGUAGGUUUAAUGACCAUUACUCCACCACUGUUGUUGUUAUUGCACUGAAUCCUGGAUGGCACUUUCUGUAUUGUUGCAGACCUACUUGAAAAUAUUAUAGUAUUGCGCAGUGGAAAAAUAAAACCCUGUACCUCUUUGAGAAAACUGGACGAUGACAUUGUGGCUGAGGACCCAACAUGGAGUCACUUACUGAAACCUGAAACAAUGCAAU